UGCGCAUGCGCCGAACUUCCUUGACAAACAUGGCGACUUCCGCAGGGAGCUUUUCUACGAUGGACGGGGGCGAAAUGAUGCGAUAUGCAGAAUAUAGUACGAAAGCGAACUCCAGAAGUGACGCCGAGAUCGAUCGGCGGCUGGGCGGCACGCUGAUUGCUGUCGGUCUUGGAGUGGCUGCUGCAGGUUUUGCUGGUCGCUACGCCUUCCAGCUGUGGAAGCCCCUCGGCCAGAUGUUCACAGAAACGGUCCGAAAGAUGCCGACGUCGGCAUUCUCAUCAUACUACAAAGGAGGUUUUGAGCAGAAGAUGUCCAAGCGGGAAGCCAGUCUCGUUCUGGGCAUUAGUCCGGUGAGUACAAAGGCCAAAGUACGCGAGGCCCACCGGAGGAUCAUGGUCCUCAACCAUCCUGAUAAAGGCGGUUCGCCAUAUCUCGCCGCCAAAAUCAACGAGGCUAAAGACCUUCUGGAAAAAGAAAUAAGGCGGUGACCACCAUUUAUUCUUAUCAUCCCCUGCCCAUUCCUGACUGGUCCGUAUGGACACCCUUCUACUAUGCCUUGAUUAAUUCCAUUUACAAAUAUUUAUUGAAUUUUUCUGUGAAGGUGCUGCUCAAACUAACUCAUUAAAAAAACAAAAAUCAAA